GCAAAGCAAAUUCUGCUAUUAGUGGAAAAGGUGUCACUGCUCAGAGUUUAUACUAUUCUGUACAGAACUAUUAAACUUUUAUAGUCUUGUAAGCAAGUUGCAAUGAGUGACAAGGAUCCUCCUUCGCUCUCUGUGAGCAUCUCACGAGGACUGACUGACAAGCUGGUGGAGCGGAGAAAAGGGGCCGCUCUUGAGCUGGAAAGGCUAGUAAAGGACCACAUGAUGAUGAACGACUACUCCCAGAUCAAGCAAGUUAUAUAUGUGCUGGAGAAUGAGUUUACUCUCUCCACCAACCCCAACACGCGUAAGGGAGGUCUGGUCGGCCUGGCUGCCAUUGCCAUUGCUUUGGGAAGGGGCUCUAUCGGGAUUAGUCUGCCGGAAUUGGUGAGGCCAGUGCUGACGUGUUUUGAGGACCCGGAUGCUCGUGUGCGUUACUAUGCAUGCGAAGCACUUUACAACAUCUCUAAGGUAGCCAGAGGAGCAGUACUGGUAUUCUUCAACAGUAUUUUUGAAGGACUUUGUAAGCUGUCUUGUGACUCUGACUCCAAUGUCCGUUAUGGGGCUGAGCUACUGGACCGACUAAUGAAGGAUGUGGUGUCGGAGAACCCGCACUUUGAUGUGGACACCUUCAUCUCUCUACUGAGGGAUCGUAUCUACUCGAAGGACGGCUACGCUCGUCAGUUCCUCGUCUCCUGGGUGUCAUUCCUGGACUCAGUGCCGGACAUCCACAUUCAGGAGCACGUCCAAGAGUUUAUUGACGGACUCUUCCUUAUUCUAGGAGACGAAAGGAAGGAGAUUCGCAGAAUGACAGAGGAAGCUCUCGGUGAGCUGUUGAAAGAGAUACAGCAGCACAGUGCCACAGUGAGGUUUGACGCCAUGGCUAACAUCAUUGCAGUCCACUCACAGUCUAGCAGUGAGCUAAUCCAGUUCACUGCCAUAACUUGGCUGAAGGUGUUCCUGGACCUAGCUGGCCGCUCCAUGAUGAAAUUCACCUCGAACUUCCUCCUCUCAAUCCUCCCUUGUGUCGCUUACGACGCUCCCAACAAGUCACACAUAAAGAGGGUUGCAUUUGAGGUCAACGAUCGACUCAAGAAGCUCCUACAGGCAGAGGAUGAUGAAGACACUUCCACUGACGAGGAGGCUAAAUGUUCCAACACCCCAAUGGAGCCCCGCUCACAAAAGAUUAGCCCCCCUCAACCUCCUACCUCGCAAGCCAUGAUGGCCAAGCUUACUCCACAGAUGUCUCCUAAGCACACAGCACGUACAACCGUUGCUGCACAGUCUGAUUCCAAAAACAGUCCAUCUGGUUCCAAUACAAGUAGCCCUAAGCUAAGUCCCAAAUCAGCGCAUACCAGCCCUAACGAGUCACCUGAAAAAAUUUGGGUGUCCCCUCCUUCUCCUCCUAAGGACGCGUCGACCUCUCCAACGUUCCACCUCCUCCCUGUACUAGGAGUGCUGAUCAACCACAUGCAGAACACACGACACGAAACGAGAAUGGAGACACUCAGAUGGAUAAUGUGGUUGCAACAGAGUAUUCCAAAGAGGAUCUACUUACAAGCUGGUAAGCUGUUUCCUGCUUUAUUGGGCAUGCUCACUGAUCAGUACGACAAGGUUUUGAAGAUGGCGUUGCAAGUUCUCUCUAUCCUCUCCACUUCCAAGGUUGGCCUUGAGAUUGAUGCACAGACAGAGCCUCGCCCAAAACCAGCCCUAACCUCUACACUGGCUACUCAAGCAGACGGCAAACCCAAAGCAUCAACAGAUACUAGAACCAGGUCACCAGUGCAAGCAAAAGCCAAGGAAACGAAAUCAAAAGCCGUGGUGGCAACUACUGAAAGCAAGCCUCAACUAAACAAGUAUUUUAGGUUGUUUCUACUGGAGUUGCUGAAGAUGUUUGGUACUGAUAGGGCACUACUGGAAAGGAAAGGCAACUUGCUAAUCAGACAGCUGUGCUUAUUUGUGGGUGCCUACUCUGUGUACUGCACCCUGGCUGAGAUACUUCUCUCUGAGGAGGAUUUCAUUUUCGCUUCAAUCAUGGUUCAAUAUCUCAACCUGAUUCUCUUUACUGCUUCUGAGCUCUAUGGACUGAGAAUGCAGCUGAAGGAUCUCACCACAACUGACAACUGGACCUUGUUCACUACCCUCUAUCGAAGCUGGUCCCAUAAUCCAGUGGCUACGGUAGCACUCUGCCUACUCACACAGAACUACGAUCAUGCCUCCAAUCUUGUCCUGAAGUUUGCCAACAUUGAAAUAACAGCGAGCCUCUUGAAAGAAAUUGACAGACUAGUGCAGCUUGUCGAGUCUCCAAUUUUCUCUCAUCUCCGACUACAACUACUGGCCCCCCUUGACCAUGCCUCACUUGUCCGUACUCUGUAUGGCUUGCUCAUGCUUCUUCCCCAAAGCUCUGCAUUCAACUUGCUUAAGAACAGACUUAGUUGUGUGCCAGUUAUUACCGAGGUCGAACAAGAAGCCAAAGUUAGGAGAAGAAAACCACACAGGACAGUACCUUCAAACGUCAGCUUUGAUGAUCUUCUGGAGCACUUUGUGACUGUUCAACGCAAGCACUCUGUACUGGCGAAGGAAAAAGCGACUCAGAGAUUGAGCACUUGAUGCGUUGUUUUACACAAAUUGUUGUAUGUGGAUGUCUGUGAAACUAGCUAUACUAUAAGCCACUUGCACUUACUAUAUCUGACUGGUUCUCUUUAUAAUUUGCUAGCUAGCUAUAUAAAUAUAGUACG